AUGAUCAUUAUAAAUUCAACAAAGUAUUCAUAUUUCCUACUGUCACCCUACAUUGAAACUGGACUUUUUAAAUAUGCAUUCUUCAUGAUUAUAAUGUGUAUUUAUGUUGUUAUAGUUUGUUCCAAUGUGCUGCUUAUUGUGGUUAUCUGCAUGAACAGAAGCUUACAUGAACCCAUGUACGUUUUCCUCUGCAGCCUGUUUGUAAAUGAGCUGUUUGGUAGUACAGGCUUGUUUCCAUUCCUUCUGGUUCAGAUCCUGUCGGACAUUCACACUGUUUCUGCUCCGCUUUGCUUCCUGCAGAUUUUUUUAGUGUACGCUUACGGCAGUGUGGAAUUUACUAACUUGGCCGUUAUGGCUUAUGACAGAUUUAUUGCUAUCUGUUAUCCUCUACACUACCAUACACACAUGACGCACAAAAAGACAGCAAUACUCAUUGCUCUAACGUGGUUGUACCCUUUCUUUGCAAUCACUAUUUUGAUGUCAUUAUCAGUCCCCUUACAGCUGUGUGGGAACAUUAUUAACAAAGUGUACUGUGACAACUAUCAUAUUGUCAAACUGGCCUGUUAUGACACAACAGUCAACAACGUCUAUGGACUGACUUACACAGCAGCAUUUAUUGGAAUCGUUCUUUUAAUGAUUUACUCCUACAGUAGGAUUCUUAUAGUUUGUUUCUCUGGCUCUAAACAGACCAGACAGAAAGCCGUCAGUACCUGCUCGCCUCACCUGGCUUCUCUGCUCAACUUCUCCUUAGGUUGUUUCUUUGAAAUAAUACAGAGCAGAUUUGAUACAAAGAAUGUAAAUAAUGUGGUGCGCAUCUUUUCAUCGUUAUACUGGCUUACAUGUCCACCGCUCUUCAAUCCUGUGUUGUAUGGACUGAAUUUGACCAAAAUUCGCAUUGUGUGUAAAAGUCUGUUUUUUUGA